AUGUAGUAAUUUAUACUCGAAAAAAGUCCUUUUAUGGGGCAACUGAAGCAUUUGCUGCGUGCGCAUUAUGCAAACAAACGAUAUCAUAUCAACGAUAAGAUUUUGACAGCACAAAAACUUUGCUGUCCGAGGAAACACUUGAUCUUCAUUCCCUAAGAUUCUGCUCUCUACAACUGAUUUAAACAAUGAGUAGUCCACCACCUGACUAUGAUAAACGUGAUCCUCGUUACCAUCCACAAGAUCGCGGUCCGCCCCCACAUAUGUACGGACCUCCAGCUACCAAUCAACCAUACGCACAAGGUCAAAUGCACUCAAACCCAUCAUUCGAUCAUGGACAUAUGAUGCCCCCUCCACAACACACUACUACUGUUGUAAUCAAUCAGCAACCAUCGGUACAGAAUGAUCGAAUCCUUGGAUCCAAGGACGGUCAUAGGGAAUGGAGCUCUGGGCUAUUCUCUUGCUUUGAUGACGUUGGAAAAUGCAUGUGGGCGAUGUGGUGUCCAAGUUGUGUGUUGGCUGAUAUAUCGGCCAGGCUAGGAGAAUGUGCUUUCGUAACAUGUUGUGUUCCUGGUGGUCUUGCUACUGUUAGAACUCGUGUUCGAACUCUUGGUGGCAUCAGGGGAUCCAUUUGUAAAGAUUAUAUGGUAACAGAAUGCUGUCACAUUUGUGCUAUGUGUCAGAUCCAUCGAGAACUUGAGUAUAUGGGACUAUAAGAAAUAUGUAUCACAAUCAACGAUGAUGUGUCAAAUCAUAUUAUAAAAUAUAUGUGAUAUACAUGUAUAUAUUCCCGGAUAUAUCAAUCAGAAUUUUAAACAAAUAUCAUUAUUACACUUGUUUGCUGAUAAAUGUUAUUUUUAUGCCGAUAUCUUUCAAAAUUGUUCACACAAACAAACAGAAAUUAUAUCAACGAGGAUAAGACGCUCUUUUUUAGUCUACUACACAUAUAUCAAUUAGUCAAUCAAUCGUGCCAAUCUUCUAACUUACAUCAAGGCCAUAAAAUAAAUGAAAUACCACCUACGAAUGAGGUGAAAGUUGGUCUUUCUUUUAUAACCUGUGUUGACAGGAGACAAAUGAAGUAUCACAAUUUGCCGGCGACGUAUUACAAUUUUAAUUGUUAUAGUUUACAUGUGCUCAUUGAAAUAUCUUAUACAUAUAAUUGGUUAUAAAUUAGCAACAUAAAUAUAAAUAGUCAUAUUCGUAUAUAUUACUAUGUGCUCUUUAUUUAUCAUAAGGAAUUCAUAUUAAACAAAAUUACUAAACAAAAAUGUAUUGUUGUAUUCUGUUAAUACAUAUAUAAUGUUUCAUCCAAAGACAAAAUUCACAAGUUCGCUAGCAUAACACAUUAAAGCAAAGUAUCUGGACUUGCCGGUUGAUUGAGUUUGAGUAUUAUUAAAGCAUAAAUCAG